ACAUAUGAGUCUUCUUUAUCCAUAUUGCCUCCCGGUUUCCUGUCGGUCCGUGGAAGGUCCGCAUAAUUGCGAUCGAUGAAGCGAUAUGGUGAAGCGAUAUAGUCAUUGAAACCUUCAAUGUUUUUCCGCGUUGCUCGUUGACCAUCUGAACCAGCUCGAGGAGCUCAAUACCCAUCGUAUUUUACCGACAUGGUUACACCUGCGCCGCUGAGCUUGAUCGUCCCUAGUGAAGCUGCUCCGGACGAGGAAGAAGACAAGGCAUUACCAGGAGCUCCCGUAGCACUGCUCGAAAACGCCUUCUGUCUUCCUAGUUUGAUCCUCGGUGCUGGGACUCUGAGCAAUCAGUAUAACAGUAAUGACCAUCUGUCCGGUUUUGCGCCUAUGCGUUUGGUCCGCCUCGCGUUACGCUAUGGUAUCAAGGCCUUCGACACGUCAAUCUAUUAUGGGCCUUCGGAAAUUGUUCUUGGAAAUGCUCUGCGUUCGGUAAAGGACGAAUUUCCAAGAGAAUCAUAUCAAUUAAUGACUAAAUGUGGUCGUUUCGGUGCAAACUCAUUCGACUAUUCACCCGCUGCGAUUCGGAAUAGUGUGUUGCAAAGUUUACAUCGGCUACAAACGGAAUACCUGGAUACAGUCUAUUUGCACGACGUAGAGUUCGUGUGUACUCCUGUGCAAGCGAAGCAAACAGGUAAUCACGCGUUAGCGCUGACAGAGGAGAAGGCUGCGUAUGGAUUAGAGGAAGGCCAAGAAGGAAUUAUUUAUGGCGAAGGUGAUCAGAAAAUUUUGGAUGCUUUUGCGGAGUUGAGGAAAAUGAAAGAGGAGGGCUUGAUAAGAAGUAUCGGUAUCACUGGUUACCCUGUAGCCACUCUGCUCCGCCUCGCGCUUCUCAUUUUCCAUAACCCACCAUACGAGCCGAUCGAUGCCCUCCUUUCCUAUUCUCACAUCUCUCUUCAAAACUCGACGUUUGCCGAAUUCGUUCCUCAUUUUCGGCAACGCGCAAAGGUCAAACAAUUGGUCGCUGCUUCGCCUUUUAGUAUGGGUUUGCUUACUCCGUCGAUCCCGCACUGGCAUCCGGCACCGGAAGGAUUAAGAAAGGCUGUUACCAAAGCUCGAGCUGAGUACGGUGGGGAUGGAUUUAUUGACGCUGCCCUGGCGUACUCGAUUCGACGAUGUGGACCUGAAGAUUUGGAUGUUCCGCUUGUGGUGGGUGUGAGUACGCCCGCAGAAGUACAUAAAUGUGUACAGGUUUGGAGAAAGGUCCGUGAAAAACCGAUGAGUGCCGAUGAACGACAGAAGGAGGCGGAGGUCCUAGAAGCUUUCAGUAAAGCUGGUUUCUUGAAUUGGUCUUGGGCUUCUCCGGAUAGAACGUCCGGAGUAAGUAGACUCUAGAUAGGGCUUGGUGAUAUUCCACUAGCAAUUUCUUCACUUUUGGGUUACAUACAUACAUAGUACUGGGAAGAGUUUUUUUUUGUUUUUGUGUUUACAGUUUCCGGCCCGACAAUAAUUACACUUCCGAUUCAUG